CAUCCCUAGCAUUUAUUUCGGCGCGUAUAUUUCAUUUACAGUUGUGUCGGUCGUUCCAUUUUUUUCUUGUUUUAUUAGAUUUGUUUUCGAAUGAAAAACUAAGAUGGACUUUGACACCGCAAAGGAAAACAUCCAGCCUUUGGCCAGCGGUCGCAAUGUGAGCUUGCUGCAGGCGUCCCUCGCCCAGGACCCCACACAAAGCCAGGAGCUGCUGGCGCAGCGCAAGCAAAUGGAGAAGGACGUGCACACAUACACUGGCAGUGAUCCGCUGGAGCCGUGGUAUACGUACAUCUGCUGGAUUGAGCAGAGCUAUCCGGCGGGCGGCACCGGUUCUGGCCUGCAGACGGCCCUCUACCAAUGCCUGGCCAAAUUCGAGCAGGACGAGCGCUACAGACAGGACAGGCGGCUCAUCAAGCUCUUCAUCAAAUUCAUGGAGAAGCAGGAGGAUCAGAUCGAGUGCUACCAGCAGCUGUACAACAGCGGAAUCGGCACAAUGCUGGCGGACUUGUACAUUGCCUGGGCAUACAGCUACGACCUGAGCGGCAACAUGCGCAAGGCCGACGAGAUCUUCCGCCUGGGCCUCUCCUGCCGGGCCGAACCGCUGGAAGAGUUGAAGGAGGCCCAUCAGCAUUUCAACUACGCGGUUGCUCAGCGCAUGCUCUAUUCCGAUGAUGAGGCCAAUGCUGUGACCCAAGAGCUGAAUAAGCGUCGUCUGGCGCUGCAGUCGCUGCAUGGUCAACGGAAGAGAAGCAGCAACACCAUCACAGUGGGCAGUGUACGCACUGGUGCAGCGGUCAAGAGCCAGAUGCCGGGCGUGGUGCAGGCGGAUGCUCCCAGCACAAGCCUCAUGCGCAAUGCCCUUCGCAAUGUGGAGGUCUUCAACGAUGAGAACACCGAUUUCAAUGUCCCGCCACCAGUCGAGCCGGAAGUGAAGUCCAGCUUACGUUCGAUCAUCGACGCGGCCCGUGGUCAGGAUAAUCUUAAGGAGCCGGUGGCUUGGAACAAGGCCCACGCCAAGCCUCACAAGCCUGGCAAGAUCUUCGGCUGCAAUGCCGCUCCAGACCUGGCCUUCGACAUACACGUGGAUGAACAAAAGCUGCCGCCCAUCACCAACUACGAGUUUCCGCCCAACUUUGUGGCGAAAAAUAAGCCGCAGGAGGCCUGGAUAACGCCAGUAACCAUUGAGGAUGAGCCCAACACAAACGGCCUGCCGUGCUACCAGAAGUGCAUGCUGUACCCGCGCCCCAACCUGGAGUUCUCCCCAGAGGAGUACCGCGCCUAUUGCUUCCUGAAGCGUCGAGAUCCCCAGCACGCAUUCGUGCUGCGCAACGAUGAGUGGUGGGGCACGGGCAACACCUUGAAGGGUGUGCGUCGCUAUCCAAAUUUUUCUAGUGUCUCCAAGCCGCAGCCGCUGGACGAGUUGGACAAGUACUACAAGCCGCCCCCUGUUCCGGGUCUGCAGGUCGUGUUUGACAAGCUCUACAACGACGAAGAGCAGCAGGAGUACCAGGCGGAGGAGCUCCUGGCGGCCAAGUGGCUGGAGAAGCGGAAUGUUACGGUGCACGGCAGCUUUGACAUGGAGGAGACUGUAUGCCUGCCCGGCAAUAAGAUGCCGCGUCGCAAGAGCUUCUUCCCUCCGGCCCAGCAGGGUUCGUCCAGGAAAUCCAUGAUGCCGCCACGUGUGUCCAUGGUCCAGGAGGAUGAUGCCGUCGAACAGGAGACAGCUGCAGCUAUAGCUUCAGUGCCUUCUCCUCCUCUAGUUGUACCGCAGCCGAAAAUAGUGCCGAUAGUGGAAAUCUUUGAAGAUUCGGAUCCAACUCCCGUCCCCAAGGAAGAUAAAGAUAACUUUGCGAUGCCUGCCCCACCGCUGCGCAAGAUCGAGAUAUACCAAGAUUCAGAAGAUCCGAUCCUGCCUUCGAACUUAAAACCCCCCAAAAGUGCCUUUUUCGAUGCGGACGAGACCUGCUCUACACAAAUGUUCAACAUGUUCAUCAAGAACCAGGCGGUGAGCACGCCCAAGGGCUCCCAAAAGCAGGCACCGGCGCGACAGUUUGGCACCAUCCUCAAGGAGCUGCCUCCGGAUCCUGAGGAAGCUGUUUCUCCGGCAGCUGCGGCAGUCGAGUCCCCAGGGGAGACCCGCUCGCCGAAUCUGCGCAAGCAACUCUCGACGAUAUUGGAGACCUCGGAACACGGCACCCACAGCUCGGCGGCCACGACGACCAAGUCCACCAUUACAUCCUCAUCCAGCUCUCCGGGAUCUCACACGGCCGUGGCGCUCUCCAGCCGGAGUGCGAGUGAAGAGUGCACUCCAGCAGGAGCGCGCCUGCAGCGUUUGGGUGCCUCUGAGCUGUCCACAGUCGGCGAGGAGCCCGAUCGUCAGUCUGGUGGGAACUUUUCGCGUCGCGAACUCUGGGAACCCAAUGCUCCCAGCGUGCCGAUGAUGAAGUCCCUGCGCUUCCAGGAGGACAAAACCGAGACCAUACCGAAGCCGCUUGCCCGCUUCCAGGAGGAUAAAACUGAGACUCUGCCCAGGCUUCCGACUGUCAUAGCGGAAGUUUCGCUCCAUCAGCGAUCGGCGGUUGCUGCCUCGAGCCUGGCCCCGCAAUUGCCCACGCUGGACGACGAGGACGACUUGUGUGCGCUGUUUGUGCAAACGCCGCCAAAGUUUAAGACAAUCGGCUAUCCGUUGCAGGGAAAUGCCGGCUCCAAGCGCAUCUGCGAUCAGACCACGCCAGAUUUCUUCGGCAAGUCCAUACGAGUGGCGCCGGAUGCCAAGAGUUCCUUUGCGAUGGCCAGUGGCAAACCGGCAGGCGCUCCCAGCAUCAGCAAGCUGGCGGACUCGUUUAUGACAGACCUCUCCUUUGUGGCGGAGACACAGCCUGUGCCAGUACAGUCCCUCUGCACGGAGAUGGCGAAGCCGAAGCCAAAGGCCGCGGCCAUGCAAAAGAAGUUUGAAAUUUUUCUGGAUGAGACCAUGCCAGAGCCAGCCGCUCCUUCCAGUGCUGCUGCCCGACGCAGCAGAUGCCAUCACAGAACGAUCCUGCCCACUUUGGCUGAUCUGAGCGUCUGUGCUCCACCGCUGCCCGUUCCAGCUGCGGCCUCUGUUUCUAUGAGCAAUCAUCGCUCCUCUACUAUUCUGAAGUUUCUUAGCGAUUCUAUGUCCAAAUCCCUUAGGAAAUCCCCCAAGAAGAGUGUACCCGGUGGGGACAAGCAGUCGGGCGACUUCUUUGAGCUGAAUGUGGCCACAGAGAUGUUUGCCACCAACAUAAGCAUGAUCAGGAACUCGACGCUGUUGCCGCCACCUGUUGCUGUUCCGCCCAGGCUCGAACUGCCUAAAGCGGAUGCGGAUGCAAAUGCAGAUGAAGAGGCGGGAGAGAUGAGCAUCUACCAUAAAACGACUCCAUCGACCCCAAAGCAAUCGAACCGUUCUUGGGGUCAGGCAGAUUUUGAGAUGCCGAAGAACAAAGAAUUUGUCCAUCCCAAGUCGUACGUGGAUCAGUCAGUGCUGAACAGUACGAUGGCCGACAGCAAUUUGAAUCCGUUCAAUGUGGAUCUGAUCAACUCGCUGCUGGACUCCAUCGACUUCUCCAUGUACAUUGAGAAGCUGCCCCAUUGCCAGCUGGUUGGCACUGCCAAGCGACAGCAUCCGGGCACGCAGCUGGAGGUGCACGGCGAGAAAUUCGAGGUGGACAAGAUCAUUGGGAAGGGAGCCUACGGCUCGGUCUUCGUCGGACGGCACUGCAAGACGGGUAAAAAGGUGGCCGUGAAGCAGGAGCGACCCACAAACUACUGGGAGUUCUACAUAGGCCUGGAGGUCCAUAGUCGCCUCACCAGCGAUCGAAUGAUCCCAGCCUUCAUGCACAUCGAUUAUGCCUUGGUGGGGAACAACUCCAGUGUCUACAUAUCGGAGUUCUCGGACUACGGCUCGCUAAUCAACGUGUGCAAUAAGAUUAAGAAGCACACCAACAAGAACCUCGAUGAGUAUGUUGUGAUGCACAUAAGCUGCCAGCUGCUGGACAUUGUGGAUCAUCUGCACGCCAUGGGCAUCAUUCACGCGGACAUCAAGCCGGAUAACUUUCUGGUCAUGAGACCGUUAUGUGCGCAACCCAACGAGCUGAGCCUGCAGCUGAUUGACUUUGGCGUGGCCAUCGACACCAAGCUAUUUCCGGCCAAUCAGGCGUUUAAUUAUGUGCAUCACGAUGAAUCGUUCAAGUGCAUCGAAAUGCGCACAAAGCGCCCCUGGACGUAUCAGCUGGACUUGUUUGGUCUCGUGGGCGUCAUGCAUGUGCUGCUGUUUGGUCACUACAUGGAGGUGGCCCAGCGGCAGCCGAGCAGCAUCUGGAUGCCCAAGACAGCCCUGCCGCGCUACUUCCAGCGUGAGACCUGGGAGACCAUUUUCCGGGGACUUCUCAACGUUCGCGACUGCCGCACCAUGCCCAAUAUGCAGCAGUUUCGCACGCUCCUCAAAUCCGAGCUUGUCGAAAAAGAGAAAUACGUGGCCGAGGCCAUAGGAAAAUUCAAUAUGAUACUGCAGCGAUAGGGAUUUGUUGUGAAUGUAGAUGUACAUGUAGGCCUAUUCCGUAUCCUCUCUUGUACAUCUUUCCCGCCAAUAUAGUUAACUAUAAUUAUAAGAUUACAUGGUUAUGAUAUGAA